CGGCUGGGAAGUGAAUCAGGAUGGCUCACAACGGCACCGCCGAGAACGGAACUCCGGCCCCGCCUGGGACCUUUCCCCAGCCCGUCAAGGUCCCGGAGGUCAGGCACACCAAGAUUUUUGUCAACAACGAGUGGCUGAUGUCCAGCAGAGGACGGAGCUUUGCAACCUACAAUCCUGCCACCGGAGCCAAGAUCUGUGACGUGCAGGAGGCCGACAAGGAGGAUGUGAACAAAGCGGUGGCGGCGGCUAAAGCGGCGCAGCACAGAGGCUCAGUGUGGAGGCGGAUGGACGCGUCCAGCAGAGGGAGGAUGCUGCACAAGCUGGCCGACUUGAUGGAGCGAGACCGGACCCUGCUGGCGACUCUGGAGUCUCUCGACACCGGGAAGCCCUUCCUGCAGUCCUACUUCAUCGACCUGGAUGGGAGCAUCAAAACCCUUCGGUACUUUGCUGGCUGGACUGACAAGAUCCACGGCAAGAGUCUGCCUGUAGAUGAGAACUUCAUGUGUUUAACCAAACACGAGCCUGUUGGAGUAUGUGGCGCCAUAAUUCCUUGGAACUUCCCCCUGCUGAUGUUCACGUGGAAGAUCGCCCCGGCGCUGAGCUGUGGAAACUCCGUGGUCAUCAAGCCGGCGGAGCAGACCCCCCUGACUGCCCUCCACGUUGGAUCGCUCAUCAAAGAGGCAGAGUUCCCUCCUGGCGUUGUAAAUAUCGUCCCUGGUUUUGGUCCCACCGCGGGAGCCGCCAUCGCCAACCACAUGGAUGUUGACAAAGUGGCCUUCACUGGUUCUACAGAGGUCGGGCAGAGCAUCCAAAGCGCAGCAGCCCAUAGCAACCUGAAGAGAGUGACUCUGGAGCUGGGCGGCAAGAAUCCCUGCAUCGUGUUCGCAGACUGCGACUUGCACCUGGCUGUGGAGGAAACCCAGAAAGGAGCUUUUUACAACCAGGGUCAGUGCUGCACUGCGGCGUCGCGUGUCUUCGUUCAAGACAGCAUACACGAAGAGUUUGUACGUCUCAGCGUCGAGAAGGCCAAGAAGAUCGCAGUAGGAGACCCGCUGGAUCCUCGGACGUCGCACGGACCACAGAUCGAUCAGCAGCAGUUUGACAAGAUCAUGGACCUGAUAGAAAGCGGGAAGAAAGAGGGCGCCAGGUUGGAGUGCGGGGGAGCUUCGGAGGGCGAAAACACCCUGUUUAUUCAACCGACCAUCUUCUCCGGAGUGAAAGACCACAUGCGCAUCGCACAAGAAGAGAUCUUUGGUCCGGUGCUGUGUAUAUUCACCUUUAAGAGCCAGCAGGAGGCCAUCAGCCGAGCCAACAGCUCCCAGUAUGGCCUGGUGUCGGCAGUGUUCACCUCCAGUGUGGACCGAGCUCUGGCAGUGUCUUCAGCCCUCGACACUGGCACCGUCUGGGUAAACUGCUACAAUGCCCUCCACGCCCAGAGUCCAUUCGGAGGAUACAAGAUGUCAGGAAACGGACGCGAGCUUGGCGAGUAUGCGCUGGCGGAGUACACAGAGGUGAAAGCAGUGACCAUCAAACUGAACGAAACACUGUGAGAAGUGUUGCAUCACAUCACGGCCUUCAUCCUGCAUCAUGCACAGAGUUCAUGUGAAAUAUACUGGUCACAUAUGUGUUCAAGAUCCAUGCGCUGCUUUACAAAGCGUACUGUGUUUUUAUUGCCACCAUUGGAAAACAGAGCAGCAUGAUUUAAAUGAAUACCUUGCGGCAGUAAUAGUGUAGUGGCUGUCACACACAUGUUCCAGAGUCUUGUAGUCAUGAUCAAGCUACAGUUUUAUGGCUGAUAUAGAAGAUAUAAAGGCUCAUCGUGCAGAUGAAAUAGGUGUCAUGACCAUGGUCUGUGUGACAUCUUAUUACUUUCAGAUGAACGGAUGCUGGUAAUAUAUUGGUGACUGAAACUGUGCAUAGUCUUUUGUUGUAAUUUAUUAAAUUCCCUAUAAAGAACUAACCGUGAUGAAGCCCACGCUCAGAGGUCCACACUGCGAUUCAUGUUGAUGUUCCAUGCAUGAUGCCGGCGGAGAAUGUGCCUUGUUCAUGUUUGAGGACCGCCUGUUCUCCUCAGCCUGUUCCGGUAAUAUUUACCUCUCUAGCUCGUCGUCAGUGUAUGGAUGAUGUCACACACUGACAAAUCAGGACGCGGUCGUUUUAUACAGAUUAACAGCUGUUGUUUUGUAUAUUUCUUCUUCUAUUUCUAGACCUUCUGAAUAAAGUAUGAUG